GCCCGUUUUCAGAAGAGAAAGGUGGAGACACACUGGAACCAGCAGAAUAGUGUGUUUCUGCCCUUAAUGUGAUAACCCUAGUUAGCAGCAGGGAAGGCUGGCCACAUCCCUGUAUUAAACAUUUUCCCAGAUGUCUCAACUGACAUGCCAUUGAGCAAGUCAGCAGGCAGACAGGAAGGAACCUUAUUGUAGAAGUGAAAGUAGCGAGAUCGUUCCCAGCUAGAUCGUCUACUCGUUUAUAAUUACAGAACUGAAGGAGACCAGAAACAUAAAGGAACCAUGGAAGAUCAUUAUGGUAAAAUAAUGGAUGUUGAUACCACUGGGGCUUCACUUGAAACUGGGAAACAAGAAGGUCUGAGUUAUGGUGGGGUUGAAGCUUCAGAAAGAAUUGCAGAGAGAGACCUUAAGAAUAUGGAAAAAUAUAAAACAAAGAUUAAGAAUGUCAGUAAAAAGACAAAUAUUGAUGCAGCUAUAAUUGCAGCUAUAAUCUCUCGAGAAUCUCAUGCUGGAACUAUCCUGAAGGAUGGUUGGGGCGACCAUGGAAACGGAUUUGGUUUGAUGCAGGUUGAUAAAAGAUACCAUAAACUAAUUGGCACAUGGGACAGUGAGGAGCACAUCACUCAGGGCACCCUCAUUCUAUGUAGCAUGAUAAAGGAUAUCCAAAAAAAAUUUCCACAGUGGACUAAAGAACAGCAGCUCAAAGGUGGAAUUUCAGCUUAUAAUGCAGGAACUAAAAAUGUCCAGAGCUAUGACAGAAUGGAUAUAGGCACAACAAACAACGAUUAUGCCAAUGAUGUUGUUGCAAGAGCCCAGUUUUACAAAAGAAAUGGAUAUUAAUUGUGCUUUUAAGCAGUAGAUUAUUGCUUAUUUGUUUAUUGCUUAUUUGUUUUAAAUGCCUUAAUCAAAACUUUUGCAUAAAACCAUUAGGCCUUUCUUUUUCAGCUGUUAAACAAAGAUGUGUAAAGUUUUACAGAAAACUUUUAACACAUUUCUUGCAUAUUGACCAGCAUAUUUUAAACUGGCCAUGACUUGAGAUCACAACAGCAAGUUAAAAUACAUUUACUUCUUUAAAAGCAUACAAUACUGAUUCAAGUACUAACUGGCUAUUGUGUACAAAUGAGUAUGAACUUUUACACAUACCCAACUGCAUGAAAUUUGUCCAAGAGCUACGGUAAUAAAGUAUCUAACCUAC